GAAAUGACAGCAAUAAUGGGGUCCAAGAAGAAGUUAUGUGUAAUGUUAUUAAUCUUGUUCUUGAGCAAUAUUGUUAUUACUGCAAACUCUUCCAAAUCACAUUCCAAGAAGAAGACCAAAUUCAACGAGCUGCGAAAAACCGAAAAGCGCUACUUCGAUUGGAUAAAACGAAUGAGCUCUCGCAACCACUCUACCAACAGCUUCGUCGAGGCAAAGAACAAAUUCGAGCCUUGCAAAUUUAUUAAAGUCAACCAGAACCCGAAAUUAGGAGACUUCACCACUGUCAAAAAGGCCAUCAAUUCUAUCCCUCUUUUCAAUCCGUGCCGGGUAGUUAUUUCGGUUAGUCCUGGAACUUACAGGGAAAAGAUAGAAAUUCCGGCGAGUAUGGCAUAUGUAACAUUGGAAGGAAGCGGUGCGGCAAAGACAAUAAUCCGGUGGGAUGACACGGCUGAUCGGAUUGGACCUAACGGAGCGGCGUUGGGUACUUACGGCUCCGCUACUUUCGCCGUCAAUGCUCCUUUUUUUCUUGCCAGGAACAUCACCUUUAAGAAUAAGUCCCCAGCGCCGCUAGCAGGAGCCAUCGGAAAGCAGGCGGUGGCCCUCCGCAUCUCCGCCGAUAUGGCGGCGUUCAUAAACUGCAAAUUCGUGGGAGCGCAGGACACACUAUACGACCACAAAGGGAGGCACUACUUCAAAAACUGCCAUAUCCAAGGCUCGGUGGAUUUCAUAUUCGGAGACGGCCUAUCUCUGUACGACAGCUGUCACCUUCACGCCAAGACAAACAACUACGGUGCCCUAACUGCGCAGAAGAGAGAGAGUAUGCUUGAUGAAACUGGAUUCUCCUUUGUCAACUGCAAGGUCACCGGUAAUGGCGCCCUCUAUUUGGGCCGGGCUUGGGGGAGUUUUUCCAGAGUGGUGUUUGCUUUUACGUAUAUGGAUAAAAUUAUCACGCCACGUGGAUGGUAUGAUUGGGGUGAUAAGCAGAGGCACAUGACUGUGUUCUACGGGCAAUUCAAGUGUUCGGGGCCCGGAGCGAAUUAUGGAGGGAGAGUAUCGUGGGCAAGGGAGCUCACAAAGCAAGAGGCUCAGCCAUUUGUAUCACUUAGCUUCAUUGAUGGCCAUGAAUGGCUCACUAAUUUAUGAUCUAAUAACAGAGCUUUCAUAUAUAUAUAUAUAUUAAUUAGGAUAUAUUGUUUGGGAGUACGAUGCAACAUUAAUUCUUUUCUCAUAAUAAAUAGCCAGUCAUUUAUGUUCUACCUAUAGGAUUGUAUGUUGCAAUCUUGACAUGUAUGAACAUAAUUGCAGAGAUGUAUACAAUUGUUGUUUGUUUU